CGGACAUCACAUUCGGGCUAGUCAGAAGGUCAUCGCUACCAGAGAGGAAGAGAAAGGGUCCACUUUCAGCAACAUUUCUCCAAGCGGUAAUAAGCAGACCGCCUGCAUUUCCGAUUUUGGGACAACGACUCCAAUUGUAGGGGCGGAAACAAGACCAUCUCGUCAUUAUUAUUAUACAGUGUCGCUAAAGGAAAACUACGGCACGUGGGGCGGGUUACCCAAUUUUUUUUUUGUGUAACCCUGAUGGUACAUAAGCAGGUAGUAUGAUAACUUGCAGGUCCAUGUUGCGGUGGGUUACCGGGAGUUUAGGGCAUAUUAGUCUGCAUGUUAAUUAAGAGUAGAUCGGGGCAUUUCAUCUUGUGAUAUGUCAGGCAGUUAUUGAAUGAGAUAGCGCACGUCGUAGACUUAAGUUACUUGCUAUACAGUUGUUUCAUAAGGAAUUUAGUUGUCGGGAUUGUCUUUAAUUGACUUAGACAUAUCGUAGUCGUGUGUCUUAUCAAUUUCUUGCUCUAGACUUUGUCAUAAUAUGCAGAAUAACGGUUCUGAAAUAAAGGUUCUCUCUCGUCACAUUUAGCGUAUGUGUAAAUUUGAGUGAUAUUAUCUGUUUAGUAAUAGUAGCAUAAUAGCCCAUAGCGUAAUUGAAAUUGUUUGGUGAGAGUUAAAGACUACUAACCUACACGUUAAAAUGGGCGUGGGGUCCGAAAAUGCAGCAUCGACCACCAAACUAUCCAUUCGCCACGGGGUUUACAAAGAGGAGACGAAUAUCGCUCUGAAAGCACCCUUAAACGUAGAGGGUAUGUUACCGAAGAAAGUGGGGCACAUGACUGCAGAAAGAGCCACCUGGGGUCGCCGCCUUGAGUUUGUCCUUGCAUCGGUGGGGUACGCGGUUGGACUUGGGAACGUGUGGCGGUUUCCAUACCUCUGCUACAGGAGCGGUGGAGGUGCCUUCCUUAUUCCUUACUUUCUCAUGCUGUUUCUGUGUGGAAUCCCCCUGCUCUUCAUGGAGUUUGCCAUUGGGCAGUACACCCGACUGGGACCAGUGCACGCUCUAGGCAAAAUCUGCCCCUUGUUCAAAGGUGUGGGCAUUGCCACAGUCGUGAUCUCCUUUGUGCUCUGCACCUACUACAACGUUCUCAUGAGCUGGGCGCUCUACUACUUCUUCAACUCAUUCCGAGCCACCUUCCCCUGGCAGUCCUGCAACAACACCUGGAAUGCUGUAGGUAACUGCUCCAUCGGUUUCCCUGGCAACACCACCCACUUGCAUUCGGCCAGUCAGCAAUACUUUGAUCACAGGCUUCUGGAGAUAACCAAUGGUAUUGAGGAGGCAGGAGGACUACGCUGGGAGCUGUUUGGCAUCCUUAUCCUGGCCUGGGUCAUUGUCUACUUGUGCAUCUUCAAAGGUGUCAAAUCCACUGGCAAGGUUGUUUAUUUCACCGCCACAUUCCCAUACUUCAUGCUGUUUGUCUUGCUCAUCAAUAAUGUCCAGCUUCCUGGAGCCAAGAAUGGGAUGCUUUACUUCCUGAAGCCUAAGUGGAGCAAGCUGCUUGAUGUUCAGGUGUGGGUAAACGCUGCAGCCCAGGUAUUCAACUCCAUUGGAAUAGGAUUUGGUACCAUGAUCUCCAUGGCCAGUUACAACAAGUUCAACAAUAACAUCCUCAGGGACACAUUGAUUGUCUCCUUAGCUAACUCGGCCACCAGUAUCCUGGCUGGUUUUGUGAUAUUCUCAGCCAUUGGCUACAUGGCUCAUGUCCACAACCUCCCGGUAGACAACAUCGCCACAGAUGGUCCUGGGUUGGUGUUUGUGGUGUAUCCAGAGGUGUUCUCCACUAUGCCUCUGCCCCAGUUGUGGGCUCCUCUGUUCUUCUUCAUGCUUCUCUGCCUGGGACUGGAUAGUCAGUUUGCUAUGGUGGAGGUGGCAGUGACGUCCAUAAUGGACGGCUGUGGCCCCAAGGUGCUGCGUGUCCUGAAGAGACAGGAGAUCAUCGUUCUGGCUGUCUGUGUUAUUGGCUUUCUUCUAGGCAUUCCUCACAUCACUAAGGGGGGAAUGUACGUGUUCCAGCUGAUGGACCACUACACUGCUGUGGUGUCUCUCACAUUCCUGGCCUUCUUUGAGGUCCUCGCUGUCUGCUGGGUUUUCGGACUGCGGCGGAUGACCAUCGUGAUCAAGAGGAUGUUGGGAAAGGCUCCCAACAUCUAUUUCCGCUCCUGCUGGAUGUUCUUCUCCCCUGUGCUGGUCCUGUGCAUUCUGAUCUCCAGCAUCGUCCAGUACACGCCCGCUCGCUAUGGGAAGUCAUACACAUACCCUGUCUGGGCAGAGGUGGUGGGCUGGGGAAUCUCCCUGGUCUCCAUCAUUUGGAUCCCCCUGGGAGCCCUGCACGAGAUCUGCACAAAUAAGGGCACACUGAUGCAGAGGAUAAAAACAGCAAUGACUCCUACAAUAGAGUUGGACCCCGUCAACCAUCUACCAGAGAAGCAGAGAGUGGACAUACCGGAGUCUGUUGUCUUUAUCACUCCUCUGUGAACAGGGACAAAAGCACUGUGUCUCAAAGUGGUACUUCAAGUGCCAUGAUAUGUCCUUGCCCUGAAGCACUUUAUUGCCUUACAGGUACUGGAUACGCAAGUGCUCACACAUACUCUUUUUUAUACUACAAACAUUACAGGGUAGCCUACUCUGACACUUACAAACAUAUUAAUAAAAACGAUGAUAGUAUUUUUUAAAUAUUGCGAUAUGCCUGGCUGGGUCUCUGCUUUUCACUGACAGUUGCAACUCAACAAUAAUCUAGCCUAUUUGGUAUUUGCAGCGCUCGCUGCCCAAAUUGCUGGCCCUUCCGACUGUAGGCUAUGCAAUUUAAAACAAUCAACAGCUUUUUUUUAGAAGCUAUUGAUUCUCUGUGGCCAAAUCAUGCUUUCUGGUGUAGCCUAUUUUGAAUGAUUUUAUACAUUUUUGUACUGACAGGAUCAAGCUAAUUAGGCUAUAUCAUUUUGACAAUUUAAUUACAUUUACUUUAGGGAAAGCUUAGCUUCCCAUGGCCUUUUGGACACGCCGCCUAUGCCUUUUAAUGUGGCAUAAACACAACGUUUUCAUCUGAUUGUCAAACAAUCACUUAACAACGGCGCUCUUGUAGGCUACCCACGCAGGCACAUUCAUCAUUCCAAACCCAACAGUGUACUGUGCAACCGCAAUUUGAUGAAUGGAAAGAGACAUCUGUUAUAAAACAUCUACGUGUGUUGUACUGACAUUCUGUGAUUGUCAUUAGGCCUACACUUGUAGCCUGAAUUGAUGCAUUAACUGUUAUCCUUGAGCUCCUCAGUGUCCGCCACUCAUCUCCGCCUUUUCCGUGUGCGUCUCCCCCACUCAUCUCCGCCUUUACAAAGUGGAGGCUAAGUGUUCUCCUCAAACCACAAUGCAAAUUUGGCGCAUAUACCACCCAGUUUCAAGUCAAUUCGCAAAUUGUUCAUGCUGCUGACAUGCAGUAAUGUUAAAUAAUGGUGUAAUAGGCUCACGUUUUACUAGUACGGCGUACCCCCACUAUUUAAUUUGCCAGGACGCCGUACUGCCUUACUUUCACCCCUGAUUAUGAUAUGGUAAAACAUCAUAUUCAUCAUGCCACAAGACUAUAAACUCUGGAGGACAACUCGUCCCUCUGGUAAUCUCUUCAACCAGCUCUUCUCCCUGCUGGACCUAACAUAUUGUGUCUCCCAACUUAAAUUGACAAACAAUUUUCACCAAAUGUAAAAACCAAUGUAGCCAAUACACACACACGCGAUAGCGGCAUAUUUCAUAUCAUCCGACAAAAUGACACACUGAUCUGCUCAGCUCAGCCUUAGACCGAUGAAGCAUCCAUAGUUACAACCAAUAGGUGGCCGCUCAAUGCAACAAAUGAUGGCUAGGCAAAUCAGUGAGAAAACAAACCUUUUCCCUUUCAUCAGACCGAUUUCAUGGACUAAGGUCCACAUUGAAUCAACAUCGUCACCUUGUGGCCACGGUUUUUACUCACCGUGAGGUCAGAUGGGGCUCAGGUGAAUAUUGAUCAACAAAGUAAAAAUCUGUCGUUCUGCCCCUGAACAAGGCAGUUAACCCACUGUUCCCCGGUAGGCCAUCAUUGUCAAUAAGAAUUUGUUCUUAAAACUGACUUGCCUAGUUAAAUAAAGGUAAAAAAUAUACAUGCAAUUAAAUGUAUAGAGGUUAACUGUGAGGAGGGAAACCACUGCAGUGCUGCUAUGACAUCCGUUAGUGGGGAGAGUCCAAUGUUCUGACAUCAUUCAUCAGCAGUUUUUACACUUGAAUGGACUUUGAAGUUUUGGGGUUCUGGUUGGAGUUUUCUAUUUUACUUUUUCUGCCACAGUUUGUGCCUCAGUUGUGUGUCUUCGUGUUUGUUACAACAAUGACAAUUGGAUUUCAGCUUUACAAGGAGUGCCUUUUGUCAUUAAAAAAUCCAAUUGACAUUGGAAUUGUCAUCGACUAUCGGACUGAAAGGCUCAAAGAAAUAAAUAUGAUUUGACAUGAUUUAGAUGGUAAAAUGUAUGAAAUAAAUACAAUGGGGUCAUUUGAGGGGUCACAUAAAUAUGUGACGAAGUGAAGAUACGUUUGCCACAAGUGCCAUGUAUCAAAAAUAUUGAUUUUGGAUUGUCAAUAUUUGAUGAAAAUACCAAAAAUAUAUCAUAGGGAUUAUCACCGACCCAUUUUAAGGAUCAUAAAAAAAUUCACACAAUUAUAAUUUAGUGUUAACUCUCUUUUGAUAUAAAACAAGAUCAAAUUCCCAAUUAGUGAGCUGUUUAGAUGCAUUUUGUGUCUGUUUGUCAAACAACAUUUAGUUUUGACUAAUUAGUUUAUGAUGCCAAUCAUCUAUUUCUACCAUUGCACAAACCACAAUAAGGGGUUAAAAAUAUAAUCAUGCCUAAUACACUCUUGUUAUUCUAUGCAAUUGUAUGGUUGUGUCACAAAAUGCAGGGUUACUGCUGCUGGUUGUUUUUAUUCAUUGUUCUCAUACAUUCAAACCAAAUAUUUUAUACAUUUUAUUUAUUUUCAAAUGUUUUUUGUUGUUGUAUCAAACAAAAUGGUAUAUGAAAUAACAAACACACUGUUACUAUUUCUCCAUUAAGUUCUCCAUGGUGGUGGUACUAUACUGGUAGAAAUGUUUAUGCUCAUAUUACGCUUUUAAAAUAGCUUUCUCCUUCUUAAAAAUGAUUUAGCAUAAAAUAAUUUCUUUUUAUUUACGUGUAUCUUGUUUAAAGUGUACUUCCUGUUUGACUUUUUUUUUUAUUUGAAACGUUGAAAAAGAAAAUUAGAUUCAUAAUACCUGUUUAUCACGCAGAGCUAUUUGUGUCAAAUAAAGAUUAUUGUUAAAUAUG